ACAUUUGCUGUCUAGUCACCCUAAACUUACAGAAUUAGCAUGAAAUGAAAAUAUAUCUUUCUCUGUCUCCAUAGUCUGUAGGGAUUUUAUGUUGAUUUGGCUUUGUAGUGGUGUACAAAGUUUAGGCAAACGAAAUGGGCCAAUUAGCCAUUUAAAGUCAACAAGCAAGGAAACUUGAAUGAAAGAUGGGUUCAUUGUGCUGGUGCUGGAUGGUGGUGAUGGCCUGGCCUAGAUGAUCUGGUCUUUUCUGGCCUUAAAUUCUAAAAUAGUGAGGGUGAGGUGUUAAGAUAAAUGUGAAGAAAGGCAGUAGAAACUUACUUUUAUCUUUAACAUUAUCCUUAGUUUAAUCCCAGAUGUAUCUGCAGAGGUAGAGGGUGCCAUUAUAAACUCACAUCCAGUUUGUAUCCUCUCCCCAACCCCCCCACACACCCUAGAGCUGCCAAGAAGAUUUUCGCCUGUAGACUGCGAUUUGUCCCCUUUAUAAUGAAUGUCAGCCACAAAUAAAAAAAAGGUAAAAUGCCAUUGUCCAAACGAUAUUGGCAGAAUGUCUAUAACAGCUUUCAGGGCCGGUAGAGCUCCUGGCUGUGCCAGUUUAAAACCUGAGUGAGACCAGGGGCAGGGUAGGGUGUAAAGAGCAGCGAUUAUACCCAGGCCAUAUGGAGAAAAGGGAAUUUACUGAAUUUCAGGCAGACGUCAAUAUUUUAAAUAUCUGACAUUAAAAUAGUCCCCAAGUUUCACACCCAGCAUCCUCUGCCACCUGCAAUUGCAUCCCCGGCCUUGCCCCGCAUCCCCUCACUCUAACUUUGCAACCCCUGGCCCCACCUCCCCCUCCUUUGCCCCGCCUUGCGAAGAGCGCAGCGCGGUCGCCCCGCCCCCGUACGCUUUUUCCCGGGGGGCGGGGCCCUUAGAGUCUGACAGGGGGAAGCCCCGCCCCUGCCCGGAAGCCGCCCGUUGCCUUGACAGUGAGGCCGCGCUGCUUCCCGGAGCGGCCGGGGCCCGGUCUGGGAAGGAAGGAGCCGGAGCGGGGAGGCAGCGCGAGGCCGGGCCCUGUCCUGUAGCCACCGGCAUGACCAGGCCGGAGAUGGCGGACGAGACGCUGUUCCUGCUGCUGCACAACGAGAUGGUGUCUGGGCUGUACCGGGCCGCGGAGCACGGCGAAGGGGAAAACGGACGAUGCAUCACUAAACUGGAAAAUAUGGGGUUUAGAGUAGGACAAGGAUUAAUCGAAAGGUUUACCAAAGACACUGCCAGAUUCAAGGAUGAGUUGGAUAUUAUGAAGUUCAUCUGCAAAGAUUUUUGGACUACAGUAUUCAAAAAGCAAAUUGAUAAUCUAAGGACCAAUCAUCAGGGUAUCUAUGUACUUCAGGACAACAAAUUUCGUCUCUUGACUCAGAUGUCUACAGGAAAACAGUAUUUAGAAUAUGCACCUAAGUAUCUGGCGUUCACCUGUGGACUAAUCAGAGGUGGCUUAUCAAAUCUGGGAAUCAAGAGUAUUGUCACAGCUGAAGUUUCAGCAAUGCCUGCAUGUAAAUUUCAGGUGAUGAUACAGAAGAUGUAAAACAUGUUCAGAUCUGUGUAUCUGCCCUUUUUAAAAAACCCUGUGUACACUAAAGAUGUCUUGAUUAAUUUAGCUUCACCUGUAUACCUUAUAAAUUAUAGUAGCAUGCAGCACAAUUCCUGUAUUAUGUAAAGUAAAUAUUAACUUAAUAAAAAUAGCUUAACACUAUAUUAAUAUCUUGGUAUGAAAUUAGUAAGUUCUGUACUAAGACAUUAAAUAUCUACCACAAUACACAUUCAAUUGAUUAAAUAACAGAAACACAUGCAUUUUAGCUACUAGAUUGCUGAAUAAUGAAGAUUGCAGGCAGAUGUAUUUUAAAAAUCUUUAAAGUUGGAAUUGAAAACCUGAAGUAUGGUAGCGUGGGCAACUUUCCCCCUCCCUUUUUGUUCUUUAAUAGUGUUAGUUAGAUCCUAUGGGUGAGAGUGAAUGGAUUGUAAAAGGAGGUGAAGAGCUUGUACAUUUCAGCAACUGGGGGGUUGACAGAAUAAUGGUAUAUUUGUUUAUGGGAUGUAUGGGGGCAUUGCUGAAAGAGGGCAGAGUUAAGAUUGCUUGGGCAACCUUAACUGUGAAUGUCCUGUUUUUUAGAAGUUUGAGUUUUGCUCAAUUCAGUAUUCUGAAAGGUGAUGACAUACCACCAAGCAACUUUAACUCUGCAUUAACAUAGGGAUCUUUUGCCAUUCAAUGUCCUAGUUUUUUGAAUGGGAAAAAUUAUGUUGUUGGUAAAAGUUAGUAGCCGUUUAGGCUGUUGUAGAUAUGUCCCACAAUUUGCAUACUGAGACAUUCAAAACUCCCGCCACUCAGCUGGGCUUCACCAGCCAUGAACCUGAUGCCUUCUCUGCUGGCAGACCUUCCACCACUGCAGCUAAGAACAGAUGUCCCUGAAGCCUUCACUACUUGGUAUACAAACUCUUCUGUUGCUGUUACUUCCCCCCAAUCAUACAAUCCAACUUGAGUAAAGAACAAUUAUGUUACAGUGGAAUGGUGUUUCUGGCCAUGUUUUGGAAUGCUUGGAGAGUGGAGUUUGUGGCAGAGUCAGUGAGAGAAAUCAGACAAUGUCUGUUCUGAUACUGCCAGUUUUAUGUUUGGGCUAGAGAGGGAAUGAUUCUAUGGCCUGGUAGUUAUGGCAGCCAUGUGGGAAACCUCAGGUCCAGUCCCCCUUUUCCCAUCACUUUUUCAUUAUUUAUCCACAAUAUAACAGCUUCAGCAGGUGAGGAAAUUUCUCAUAAGAAUAUUGGAUAGAUCAGUGGUUGAAGCACGCAGAGGUGGGAGACCCCUGUUCAAAUCCUUUCUCCCGCUCAGGCACAGAAGGGAGAAUUGAAUUUGAAUCUCCCACAUUCCAGGAAAAUGCUCUAACCACUCAGCUAAAAGUUAUAAGGUGGGCACUACCAUUGCUGGCACCACCCAUUUUGUGUGGCUGAGGCAGGCACCUAACUCAUCCCCUCAAGGAAUAGCUUAGGCACCUAGGCCACCUGCCAGGUUACCUGUCACGGAUUGCUAAACAGAGAUAGGCACAGCCUGGAUUUAGGCACCUAUUUCAGAGAGAGGCAGAGUUUAGCACACAUCCCUGUCACCAGCAUCUCCCAUUGGCUAGCUUAGGUGGCUCCCCAUCUAUUAUUCUGGCUUCUGUGAAUUACACUCUUAGCUGCUUAAUAUCUCUCCCCAUUCAGUGUAUAAGGAACCUAACCACCUAACUCAGGCUGUGUGGAUCAGUGUUGUCCCUGUGGUUGUCUAGGUACCUAAAAGUUAGGCACUGUGACACUCAGCAUUGAAACAUCUAAGUCCCUUUGUAGAUUCCUACCUUUUGUUCAUCAAAAGGAGAAUGUUUAACAGCAGUUAAUGGCUGUACUACAUUAGCUAUGUUCAAGUCUAUUGUGUAGUGAGAACUGGACAGAAUAGAAAUUUUGUUCUUACAUUUAAAUAUUGUGAAAUGACAUUAAUGCUAUAUAUUACAGUAACCUGCCAUUUAUUUGAAAUGUUUAAGUAUUUUUAACACAUUGGAUAGCUUCAGUUUCUUGUAUAUACCCAGACUUGACUACAAGUGCCAAUAUUGAUAGUUUCUCUCUUGUUUUAUAACUGCUAACAGAGCACAGAGAAACUAAUUUAAUCUUGAAGUGGUUAAAUGUACAAAAAGCAUACUGGAUCAGUGUAUGAGACUGACUAUUCUUAUAAAUCCAGUAAAGUUAACAGGAUUAACGUUACAGUAUUUCUGUCUAGAUUACAUUAAAGCCAGGUCAAAUAGUUGUACAAACUUGUUCACGCUAAUAAAUACUCAUUAUGCUCUGAG